CCCCGGCUAUGCGAGGGGAGCUCGAUUUGGAGGUGGAGGCUCUAAGUUGGACUCCUGGAAAGAUUUUCUGGGGCCUAGUUUUACAGUCACCUAACUAAGGGAACGCGCUGCGGGCUCUCGCCCUUGUCUCCGUGGGCCUCUCUGGACACUCCCGGCCUUCCCAGGCCGCCCUAGCUCGCACAGGUGCAGCUCCGCCGCGGGGAACGCGGCUGAGAAGAGCUUGCAACUAAUUAGCAGCCCGCCCUAUUAACCAGUCGCGGCGAGCAUCGCCCUCUGCUCGAACCAACCUGCUGAACACCACAGCAGUGCGAUCCCCCUCCGCAGCCCAGCCCAGCUCAACCCUGUCCAGCCUGGCCCAACCUUCUCUUGUUCUUCAUAAAAAGAAGAAAGAAAAAACUUAACCCACUAUGGCUGCGGGCGUGUUGAGUUGGCCGGCUUCCGGGAAGGGCUGCGAAUUCUGAGCUUCACGUGGAAGUCCCUCCUCGCCCCUCCCCCGGCCCCAGCCCUAGCCCCAGCGGUUUGGGCUCCAGGCUGGGGACACGGGGUGAGCAAGGAGGGAGGGAUAUGGCCUUUCUCGUUCACCUCUGAGUCUCUGUAACUGCAGUUCAAGAAUUUCUGCACUGGAGCGGCUGGCGUUGAGGGCAAACAUGGGGGAGGGGGAGUGUUGGGGGGUGCGGUGGGCACAGAGAUUCUUGGGUUCCUAGGUUGGGAAGUUUGGGUCUUUCUGCGUUGCAUGUGCUGCAAAAGACCGGAACAUUUCUGAGGAAGCCUGUGAAAUCUCCAGAAAGACUAUCUCAUUAAGAUGAUGGUGGUGGGGAAAAAAAUCAAGGAAAAACAGUGGCGCCUCCCUGACUGUAAAACGGAGAUUUUAUUUCAAUGAGAGAUGGAAUGUGCGAAGGUGUUGGGAACCAGGCACCCUCCCUCUCUGGUAGGAUGUCCUCUUUCUAGGGUUGCAGAAGAUGGGCUUGGCUCUGGACCAGGUUUCUCCCCUCUAGGCUGGGCAGCCUUAUGGACCCACUGGGGGCUGCACCCACCCCAAGAACUGGAGAUUCUGCCCAGUACUAGUUCCCCUCUAGGAAUCAGGCUGGCUUAAGUGAAAGGGGCUCUGGGCUCCAGGCUGGAAAAUCUGGUGCCCCAGGACCCCCUGGUCUUGCACCCUUCCUGUGCGCUGUGCCCUGGCUCUGGGUGCUUAGCUCUGUGGAUGCUCCUCUCUUGCAAACCCACAUUCAGCACCCUGUAGCUGAACACAGCACAAAAAGCCUGAGAGAUCAAAAGCAUUUGUAUGGGCAGUUGAGUGGAGAGGUGAAUAUUUAACGCUUUUGUUCAUCAAUAACUUGUUGGCUUUGACCUGUCUGAACAAGUCGAGCAAUAAGGUGAAAUGCAGGUCACAGCGUCUAACAAAUAUGAAAAUGUGUACCCUCACCGGGAUCCCCACCUGGCCCAGCAGGCUCUCCCAAUUUGUCUGGAUAAAGCCUAGGCCCAAGUCCCCAGAAAGGCGGGUGUGUGGAAGCGUUUGUCAUUAGAAGUUGGGGGGAACUCCCCUGGGACAAGGGAAUUGGGUGUGGGGCUGCCUCUUGUUUGAAUUGGCACCCAGAAAAUCCCUACAAAAUACCUAAAACACUAGAACCAAAGGGAGGGGUUGUGCAGAGAGUGUGCAAAGGAAAGGGUAGAAGAAGCCAGCCAAUUUUUUCAGGCUGCGGGGGUGGAGGGAAGUCACCCUGCUCCACCCCACCAGGCCCAGCUUGAGGCUUAAAGCUAUUUUUUGAAUCAUGAGGGUAAAGUCAAAACAAACAAACAAAAUUUUAAACACCGCAAGCCUUUGUCAGGGAUCCAAAAGCGCCACUAGAGCCUGGGCAUCCCUCUGCCCCUGAAAUCCAUCGGAGCCCUCAGUGCUCUUAGCGCCCCAAAGAACGGUGAGCCCCAGACUGCACUGAGGCGCUGGGGCUGGCGCAAUUCGUGAACUUUUGUAGUCUGUGUGCUGCUGUCGGCAAAGCGAAAAUAAUGAAACUUUGUGAUAUGUUUGUAAAUGAUUUCGAAUGACCCCUCGCCCUGCCCUUCACCAUUAGUGCUCCAACCCCAGCCCAGGGCAGCUCGGUGCCUGCAAGCAGCUUCUGCCUUGGGGUCUGCAGCAGCAGCCGGACUGAGAGGCCAGCUGGGCUCAGAGCCCAGGAAGGUAAAAUGUGCGACUUCUUGGAGAACUAGCUUUGUCACCCAACCUGGCUUGCCCUAGCACUGGAAAAAGAAUGGGCAGAGGAUAGUCCCUCUUGCCUCUUUUUCUUCUGCCACUGAGGGCAUUUGCUUCUUUCUGGAAAAUACCACUUGAUAAGGGAGUGGGGGUUAUGUGGAUCUGUAGAGGGGGUAAUAAAGCCGCCAUUUCUGGGAUGGAUUAUUUUUCUUCUGUUCUUUUCUUUCUUGCUUAAGAAGACUGUCCUGACUCCUUGGCUGCUUGCUAACCCUGGUACAAAGAUGGGGAACUCGUUGCUGCAAAUUGCCACCAAGUGCUGCAGGCUACCUGAAUCAUCUCUGAAAGUGAGGGUGGCUGCGUCGGGCUGGUGGCGGCUCCGAGGAAGAGGCUGGGGCUGGCAACGGUCUGGGUACUUGUUCUGGGUGGAACCUGGAGGUAGUAACGUUGUCUAUAUAUACCCUGUAGAACCGAAUUUGUGUGGUAUCCACAUAGUCACAGAUUCGAUUCUAGGGGAAUAUAUGGUCGAUGCAAAAACUUCACUUUUCUCCGAAAUAGCCAGAGUCAGAAGUGGUGUCCAGAGGCAGCAUCGGGUCAGUCGCCUCUUUCUGUUUUAUUACGUUGGACUCCAGGAGGAUCGACUGAGCCCAGUGAUAUAGAGCAGCCUUUUACUGGAGAAGCCCCUCAUCUGCAAACAGAAGCCUCUGUGAAAACCCCUAAUUGGUUGCAUGAAUGAAGGGCCAAAGGGUUAGGUUUGGGGGGACUGGGGAGUGAGGUGGGAGUCCAGAUAGCCCCAGCCCCAGCUCUGCCUUCCAGGGACAUAGGGUUGGAGGGUGCCCAAUGGAGGGGGCUCACUGGUCUGUUCCUGCCAUGCGGGAAGAUGGGGAGCUGGGAAGGAGGAAUGUUGGGUCCUUUUGGGUCAUGUGGGGGUGCCCCCGCCACCUUCCUAGCCCAUCCUUCAGCUGCCUGGCAGGAGCAUCACGGGCUUCUUGUCAUACCCGCAAGGCUCCGGCUUUGGCUAGAAACACUCCGGCCUGGGCACUUGCAGAAAGCUGGGUGGUUACUCAUUGCCUAAUUUGAUUCAGGCCAGCCAGAUUGUGGUAACUUUUGGGUGACCCUGAUGGAGACAAAGCCAGAAUUCGGCCUUUGUAUAGCAGAGUCCCCAUUCCCGCGGGCUGGGCAGGCUGGGCAGGCUAGGCAGGCGGGAGCCCUGCCUAGCCUGCGGUUCUCUAUCCAACUCAGAAGCCACCUCACCCACCCACCUUUUGGUACCACGAACCCUGACAGAUAUGGAGAUUCAUUCCCCCUUGAUCUGUGCCCAUACUGGGGGGAUAUUUUCAGGCGAGGUGAGUGGAGAGGGCACUGGAGGUUAGCAAAGUCAGUGGCAGACAAAAGCUGGGAUUGCCUGUGGGGAAUGAGGGUGCUGGGAUUAGAACCACAUUAACAUCUGGUGUGGGCCCUCAAAUGUGCCACGGAGAGUCACUUGAUUACACGUAUGUUAUUUAGUUAAAUUUGUGAAAAUUAUGAGAUGCUUACCAACCCGGUGAUAAACUCACUCCCUCGCUAUUGGCUGGCCUGGUCACAUGGCCGCCAACUUUAUUCAGUUGACAGCAAGUAGGAGGGCCCUAUGGAAGGAGAAAAAAGACAACACGAGAAAAAUUAGUAUUUUCUACCUUCUGAAAUUAAUGGCCAUGAGUUCGUAUAUGGUGAACUCCAAGUAUGUGGACCCCAAGUUCCCUCCGUGUGAGGAAUAUUUGCAGGGCGGCUACCUAGGGGAGCAGGGAGCCGACUACUACGGCGGCGGCGCUCAGGGGGCCGACUUCCAGCCCCCGGGGCUCUACCCACGGCCCGACUUCUUUUGUCUCGCAGUGAACCCCAACUACACCGGCGGGGAGCCCAAGCGGUCCCGGACGGCCUACACCCGGCAGCAAGUCCUAGAACUGGAAAAGGAAUUUCAUUUUAACAGGUAUCUAACGCGGCGCCGUCGGAUUGAAAUUGCCCACACCCUGUGUCUGUCCGAGCGCCAGAUUAAGAUCUGGUUCCAGAACCGGAGGAUGAAGUGGAAAAAAGACCACAAGCUGCCCAACACCAAAGGCAGGUCCUCGUCGUCGUCUUCCUCCUCCUGCUCCUCCUCAGCUGCCCCAGGCCAGCAUUUGCAGCCGCUGGCCAAGGACCACCACACGGACCUGACGACCUUAUAGAAGUGGGGACCCUGGGCCCAUUCCUCCCUGCGCUCCUGGCUGAGCCGAAGCUGCGGGGGCAGGCCGGGCCUGCUGUCACCUCCCUGGGCACUAAGGUACUGUGGGGUGGACCUGGGACCUGCAGGCCGCCCUCGGACUAGGUUAGCAUCCUGCCCGAGGGCAGCCCUCUCCCUGGAGCAGGGAUGGGGGUGGGAAGGGGGCAGGAUUCUAAGUAUAUUACUGAAUGGCAGGAACUACUGAGAACAGAAAACCUUGGCCAGUCAUUAAACUCACGAAAAUCUCCACUGUUGGAUUUUGAAUUUGCAAACAAAGGUUGAAUGCUUUAUCCCAGUGUGAAUUUGAACGUCCUCCCCCACCCCACCCCUCCAGGGAUCUUUGGGGUUUGAUAAUGUGGGGGAGUUGAGGCAGAAGUUUGGCUACCCCUGUGCUAGAUGCUUUUAGUGGAAGCAGGAGAGCUGGGCCAGGAUUUCUGAACUUUCUGGGUUGUCUGUAUAAUUUCUGUUGUGAAAAAAAUUUUUUUUGGCUCCCAGUGGCCCCAUGCCCAAAGAAAUGAGUCUAAGAAGCAAGUGGAAACGGGUUAUUUUAUGUUUAGAUUAUAUCUGCUUAAAUAUUUAUUUGUUGGGGAAUGGGGUACAGAAAUAACCGACAUCUUAUUGCCAAAAAAUGUAACAUGGUGAAAGGGGCUGAGUUUCAGGGAGCAGAAUGAGAUGUGUGGACUUACUUCUGACUGUAACUGGCAUUUUGAACUCCACCCCCUCCCACUCCCCGGAAAUGUGUGUAGGGGGCCCUUAACCCUUCUAGAGGGAAGCAAAGGAUCCACUCAAAGUUGAGUUCUUGAAAAUAUUUCCACAUGUGCUUUUUUCAGUACUGUGCUUACAACCAGUUCUGGGUGAUUAAAGGAAAGGGAAAGAAAGAAAGAAACAAAUGGUCCAACAUUUUCCUUCUGGGGAAAGAAAACAAAACCUCUGUGUUCUGGGUCAUUAGAUAAUGACUGAAUUUUCUGUUCCAACUGGAUUCCAAAUGCCCCCAAAUCCCCCAUAUAACACUAUUUUGUAGGAAUUGGUGGAUGGCCUGUAUGGGAGAGGACAUGUACAGUGAGGAGAAAGUGGGAAGGUAAGGAUGUCUUGCUUUAAAAAACAAGAGAAAAACUGAGUCUAGAAGUCCAGAAAAGUUGGUCUUAGGGUUUUUCCCCUAAGUUUUAAUUUUUUAAAUAAAUCUAAGGAAGUUUUUCUCAACACAGUAAUUAGAAACAAAAUUUGUAAAAGGCCCUUUCUCUUGCCUUCAGAAUAGUAGUUUAAAACCAAUUUCUCUCAAACAACAGUAGAGAUUUCUUUAGUCAUUUUUCUAAUGACUUGCCUGGGAAGAGUUCAAAGUUCAUUUUUCUAAAAUGUUGACCCUUAAGGAUAAGGGGAAAGAGUCAAAGGUAAUGGCCAGAGUUCAUAAACUCAAAUGAAACAAGGCUUCAGAAGUUUAAACCCCAAAGCCUCGGGCUCCAAAAAGAAACCCCUGGUUGCAGCUACUGAAAAGUGACAAAAGCGGGGAGGGAGAAAGAGUCUGCUUGAAAGGGAGACUCAGAAUUGGGGCUAUUUUUCAGUGCCCCAGAACACUUUAGAAGGUUUCAGAGGUAAUUUUUAAAAUACAUUUUAAGUAUAGGAGGGAAAAAGACUUUCUUUGCAGGGGUUUUCUUUGGUUCGGUGUCUCCUGAGAGCUGAGAGCAGGUAUUCACUGGAGUCCCUAGGCUGAAAUUCCACUUCUCUAAAGUAUCUUCCAAGCCUUGGUCUUUUGUAUUAGACCCUGGGGACAGCUCUUUGUUCCUCCUUGGGGUGAGCCUGGCUCUCAGACUUGCACAUGGCAAUACUUGAAUAUCGCCACGUCGGGAUAUUAAAGAUGGAUAUUCUUGCAUUAUUCACAUCAUUGUUUCUAUUACAAAAAGCACAGAGUUCAUACAUAGUCAAGACGUCUUUUUUCUGACGCCCUCACGUUGAGAAGCUGAAAAGGUAUUUUACUGAAGUUCGGCUAAAUUACAGAAUCAGGUUCAUCCAGAGGACAAAUUUUCUAUUCGAUUAGCUGUAUUUCAGCCGGGAGGACUGACCUCUAAACCCUUAACCUUUUGGACUCUAACUAUCCUUCUCUUCUUUUUUUCCCCCCUCUAACAUGGAGAGCAGUCUUUGGAUGCAGCAUUUGAAAAGAGCCGAUAUCCUUAGGCAAGUUGAAAAGUUGCUCAGAUUUUUCCCUAAAACCCAAAGCUGUGAAUAUAUUGAACCUUCUGCUUGGGGUUGGGAGAGUAUAUAUUUUCACAUCAUCCAACUACAUAUAUAUUAUAAAGAUUAUUAUAUAGAUUUCCUCCCUUCCCAGAAGUUCAGGUUACUCACCCCAGCUUCAGACCAAAUGCCAAAAGUACUUAACUGCCUUCACUCCUGCCCCAGAAGAAAGCCAAGAGGCAUAUUUUGAUGAAGAAAACCCAAGCUCCUUGUCAAACAGAGCCCCGCCACUUUGGAAAGUAACUUAAUCAGAGAAACAACUUCUUUGUUUAUAAGUCUCAGUUCCCCUUCUCAGCUUCCCGAGAUUGUCUUUUGAAAUGUUAAUGGAGCCUGGAUGGCCCAGAGGACAGCCCUCCACCCUGAGGUCCCAGUCGGACCCCAGCGUCCAUUUGGGCCCACAGGAAUUGGGCAGGGAAGAAGCACACCCACCCCCAACUACCUAGGGCAGGAAAGGAAGUGAGUUUCCAUCUGGGAACGUGCUCUGGAGAAAGCUAGAUGUAGAAAGGCUCAGUGCCCAUUUGCUUUUAUUUGUUUCCAGUUUGUUCCCCUAAAUAUGAGCCAGAAGUGUUUGUUUUGAGAAGUUUUUUUAAAAUGCUGUGUUGGGGUCGUGACUGGGGGGAGAAAAGUGUUUGCUGAGGACAUUGCUCCUCAGAUUCCCAUCUCACUUUGUCCACUGCAGCCUUUUGUUGGGAGAUGACUUUGUCAGUCAGCCCCAUGGUGUCUGUUCACACAGGAUGCUUUUUUUUAAAAUAGAUUUGACCAAUGUUCUGCUGCCACUGAUUAAAGUAUUAUUUAUACUAAUUGUUGCCUGUAGUUUUGAUGUAAUUCAUUGAUCUACAUUUGAAAUAAUAAAAGGUGUAGUGAAAUCUCCCUCC